GCAUGAAAUGCCCCUCGACCAAUUGCAGUCUUUAAAACGAGGUCUGAAGAAGAAACUCAGCAGCAGGUUAGGUAAGCAGAGUCAUCACUACGAGUAGAGCUGCACAACAGGCUCUAUUGUCAACUUUCGCCCGAAGAAGCCAUCUCCGCGUUGUGCCCCUUUUGAUAUAUUGUAACGAUUCACUUCAUUCCACGCAGUAAGUUAUGUAUUUGAUGCCAGUUGAUAGCAAAUUGAAUUAUGUGUGCUUUUUAGAGCAGCCUAUGCUAUCCUAGCAUUGCAACCAGUGCUGUGCUGGCCCACCAGGAAAUCGAGCACGCACUUUCACAGUGUGAAGUGCGUGGUCGAUUUCCUGGUGGGAUGGACCAUGAUGCCGGUGUUUGUCAUGUAAACUGAAUAGCUAUCUGUCGUCUUUCAAGUACAGAUCUCAUCUCAACACUGCGCAUUACAGAAUUCUACAGCAAAAAUGACAGAGACGAGAAACCCCAACAACCAACAAAACGGAGAUGCCGUGAUGCCAGAAACGUCGACGAGGGAUGAUGUUUUUGAUGAUAGUUAUAAAGCAAAAGAGGGCCCUAAACCGCCGAUGAGACUGGUGUGGAGAAACAUCAUAUUAAUGUUUUUGUUACAUAUUGGAGCGUGUUAUGGACUGAUGCUCGUGCCCUCCGCGUCGGCCCUAACUCUGGCUUGGAGUAAGUAUCCCCAUUUACUGCAUGUGCCAUUUUAGUCAAAUGUUUUUGUUGCGCUUGUAUCGGGUUUUCGCGUUUUACAUUUUUCCUCGUUAAAGUUGUUGGGCUACGCAGUAUGGUUUAUCCGGUCGACCUACGAGAAGAGAAUGUGCUGAACCGGGUGAUGCAUUUGUGAAGUAGACGCUUGGUGGUAUUACACCGACAUGUUGCUGCUUGCCCGCCCUCCUAUAAGAAUAUUGUUGGAUGUUGGUAAAUCUAUUUCGGGGCACACCUACUCAAUAUAUUUCCAAUGGAAAUAACAAACACACAGUCAUAAGGGCCUAUUGGGUGACUUCUCUUGUAUCAUAUAACGGAAUAUGUAGCCUAACAGUUUACGGACCAUCUAUCAUAAAUUAAACAAACGGCACAUAGGCUAGGCCUACUGUGGUGCAGAUGGAGAGACUUUUGGAAUGUGUGGCCUGAGGCACGUCUGUUCACAAUAUGUUUCUGAAUUAGAAAAUAGCUACACCCAUCUUUGUUUGCUUGUUUAGACAGAACAAAACGUGCAGGGGUUUUUAAUUAUGUUAUUGUGAGAAUAGUUGGAAUAGACAGGAUUUAUGACGUGGAUUAUACUAAACAACCCAAACUGUGUUUCCACUGUUGCCUUUCUUUCUCGCGCUCUCGCUCUCAUAUGCUGAACUGCACAUUAUUGCACUAAGCAAGACAAAGAACAAUCGCCAUUCCAAUAGACAUUCCAUUGUGAGGCUACAUGGCACCACAACAGAAUGUCUCUUCUUUGCUGCCGGACCAGUUGGAGGUCCCGGGUUCUCACAUCCUAAGCAGCCUUAUGUGGCUGCACAUAGAAACACAUUCAGCAGUUUUACAACAACAACCCUGAGAGUAGUAGAGUAGACAUGCAUACAUACUGCUAUUGCCAGUUCCCAACAGAAAUAACUCUUAUCAUGACAGAAACUAGGCAGGGAUGGGUAACGGACAUGGGGCAUGAUGUCCCUUUUAACUACUAGGAGUCAAAUGUCUCUCAUUUUCACAUGAUUCUGUGUAUGCUUGUGUGAGCCAAACAUGGGUGUCUGUAUAUCUAGCCUAAUCUCUCUCUCUGUCUCUCUCCAUUCCCUAGCUGCUUUGUGCUUCUUGAUCAGUGCCCUUGGUAUAACCGCGGGGGCGCACCGCCUCUGGAGUCACAAGUCCUACAAGGCUUCCACCCCACUCCGAGUCUUUCUGGCCCUCGCUAACUCCAUGGCCUUUCAGGUAAACAGAGGAAAACUUUUUGAAUUGAAUAACCUUUAUUGAACCUCAGAGGAAAUUGGAUUUGUCGCCAGCAUAGGACACCUACAGGGACAAAAACAGACACAGGCAUACACACGCAUCAUACACUUGGAAGGCUAAACUAGUGCCAACAACCAACAUGGCUCUUCCAAAAGACCAAGGCUCUUUUUUUCUAGAGUGUUGCUUCAAUUUAAAAGGCCUUUAUUGUGUUGGCAUAUCCGUGAGGGAAAGUUAGAAAAGCAGGACAGAGAGCUAGCAGGGACUACCACCAAGUGCCAACGAUUUAGCGGCGUUAGCCAGCCUUCAUCAAAAACAUCAACACAAGAAUACUUAUCCAAAUCAGGGACAAAAUCCCCUCAUUAAAUAGACCCAUUUUAUAUUCUAUAAAUCCCCCAAAUUAGAUGUAUGAAGUGACAUCAUGUGGCCUAUGACCUCCUUACAAACUGAUGACUUGAUUUAAAGAAGUGGCCAAUGCAAUCAGGUUAAGGGUUUAGUCAAAAAAGGUCUAUGCCAGUCCCCACCAAUAACAACAACCGCAUUAAUGAGCGACCAAUUGUGCAAUAUGCUGGUGUAUAUAAAGGAUGAUUGAGUGUUUCUAACACAUUUCCACUGGCAUUAAUGAUUGCAUUUAAUCUGAGUGCUGUUGCCUGUAUAAUCUGCGUUGUUGUGCUGACUGACUGAUGCUGCCCCGUUAAUCUGAUCGUCACCUCUUAAUACUCAUUGUGUUGAACUGUAAUUCUCUACUGUGGAUUUAUACUCAAGUAUACUAUGUUUAAACCCUCUCUCUGGUGUUGUGCCCAUACCUGUUAAUAUUAGUGUGUUCUGACAUAUCAAUUGCUUGUAGAAUUAAAGCAUAGAGAUGGAGAUAAAUACAUGGUUUAGCUCUAUGGUACAAAGAACAGAAAUAGGACAGCACUUAAACUUAAAUUUACAUUUUUAUUGCCGAACGUUUCGGGUAUGAGCCCAUCAGCUUGCAUGGCUGUCAAUGGUUCUCUAUAGUAGAAACACCAGAACUGUGGAUCUAUGGCCAUAUAGAUCAAGCAUCUCGGAGUAAGUGCUGAUCUAGAAUCAGGUUCUCCCUGUCUAUGUAGUCUAAUUUAUUGUGAUCUAAAAAGCAAAACUGAUCCUAAAUCGGCACUCCUACUCUGAGACGCUUGAUUCACACGGCCCAAGAUUCCUUUGUUGCUGUUAUUAGUGUUGGAUAUACAGUUGAAGUCGGAAGUUUACAUACACUUAGAUUGGAGUCAUUAAAACUCGUUUUUCAACCACUCCACACAUUUCUUGUUAACAAACUAUAGUUUUGGCAAGUCGGUUGGGACAUCUACUUUGUGCAUGACACAAGUCAUUUUUCCAACAAUUGUUUACAGACAGAUUAUUUCACUUAUAAUUCACUGUAUCACAAUUCCAGUGGGUCAGAAGUUUACAUACAUUAAGUUGACUGUGCCUUUAAACAGCUUGGAAAAUUCCAGGAAAUGAUGUCAUGGCUUUAGAAGCUUCUGAUAGGCUAAUUGACAUCAUUUGAGUCAAUUGGAGGUGUACCUGUGGAUGUAUUUCAAGGCCUACCUUCAAACUCAGUGCCUCUUUGCUUGACAUCAUGGGAAAAUCAAAAUAAAUCAGCCAAGACCUCAGGAAAAAAAUUGUAGACCUCCACAAGUCUGGUUCAUCCUUGGGAGCAAUUUCCAAACGCCUGAAGGUACCACGUUCAUCUGUACAAACAAUAGUAUGCAAGUAUAAACACCAUGGGACCACGCAGCCGUCAUACCGCUCAGGAAGGAGACAAGUUCUGUCUCCUAGAGAUGAACAUGCUUUGGUGCGAAAAGUGCAAAUCAAUCCCAGAACAACAGCAAAGGACCUUGUGAAGAUGCUGGAGGAAACAGGUACAAAAGUAUCUAUCUAUAUCCACAGUAAAACAAGUCCUAUAUCGACAUAACCUGAAAGGCCGCUCAGCAAGGAAGAAGCCACUGCUCCAAAACCGCCAGAAAAAAGCCAGACUACGGUUUGCAACUGUACAUUGGGACAAAGAUUGUACUUUUUUGAGAAAUGUCCUCUGUUCUGAUGAAACAAAAAUAGAACUGUUUGGCCAUAAUGACCAUCGUUAUGUUUGGAGGAAAAAGGGAGAUGCUUGCAAGCCGAAGAACACUAUCCCAACUGUGAAGCACAGGGGUGGCAGCAUCAUGCUGUGGGGGUGCUUUGCUGCAGGGGGGACUGGUGCACUUCACAAAAUAGAUGGCAUCAUGAGGAAGGAAAAUUAUGUGAAUAUAUUGAAGCGACAUCUCAAGACGUCAGUCAGGAAGUUAAAGCUUGGUCGCAAAUGGGUCUUCCAAAUGGACAAUGACCCCAAGCAUACUUCCAAAGUUGUGGCAAAAUGGCUUAAGGACAACAGUGAAGGUAUUGGAGUGGCCAUCACAAAGCCCUGACCUCAAUCCUAUAGAACAUUUUGUGGGCAGAACUGAAAAAGCGUGUGCGAGCAAGUAGGCCUACAAACCUGACUCGGUUACACCAGCUCUGUGAGGAGGAAUGGGCCAAAAUUCACCCAAUUUAUUGUGGGAAGCUUGUUGAAGGCUACCUGACAUGUUUGACCCAAGUUAAACAAUUUAAAGGCAAUGCUACCGCAUACUAAUUGAGUGUAUGUAAACUUCUGACCCACUGGGAAUGUGAUGAUAUAAAUAAAUCAUUCUCUCUACUAUUAUUCUGACAUUUCACAUCCUUAAAAUAAAGUGGUGAUCCUAACUGACCUAAGACAGGGAAUUUUUACUAGGAUUAAAUGUCAGGAAUUGUGAAAAACUGAGUUUAAAUGUAUUUGGCUAAGGUGUAUGUAAACUUCCGACUUCAACUGUAAGUACCUCCUAAACAACCACAUCACUUCAUUUAUUUCUUCCAGAAUGACAUCUAUGAGUGGGCGAGGGACCACCGGGUUCACCACAAGUACUCUGAGACGGAUGCCGACCCCCACAAUGCAGUGCGGGGCUUUUUCUUCGCUCACAUUGGUUGGCUGCUUGUACGCAAGCACCCUGAAGUCAUCGAGAAGGGCAAGAAGCUGGAGCUGACGGACCUGAAGGCAGAUAAAGUCGUCAUGUUCCAGAGAAAGUAAGAAGAUAACAUUUUCAGUCCAUGCCCUGUACCGUCCUAGUCCCCUGCCUUUCAUCUAAUGUCUUAUAUGCCACUUAGCAGACACGUUUAUCAAAAGAAGCUCAUAGUUGUGAAUACAUUUUCGGAUGGGUGGCCCCAGCGGGAAUCGAACUUGCGAUCUUGGCAUUGCAAGCCCCGUGCUCUACCAAGUGAGCCACACAGGACGGUUUGUCUAUUGGUAUUAUGUCCUGUAAAGAGUUUAUGACGCAAUGCACAUUUCUGUGAUAAGAUAACGUUUUAUUGUCUUAUCUUAAUACUUAAAGAUAUUGCUUUAGGGAGAUUGCUGCUCCUCAGACGUUAUCUGUUGAUUAAAGCUUGACCUAACAAAGACCAUCUGUCAACAUUGUUAUUGUAUCACCUAUUUAACUUUAUCAAAAGAUUACAUUUGGGAGCAGCAAGUCAGUGAGCCAUGUAUUGGAUCUUAUUCCUGGUCAUGUUCUUGGAUGUGCGUAAAAACCCCUCCUUUCAUAAGAACAGUUGUACCCUCAUGCCACCAAUUAUGAAGUGUUUGUUUGUUUUGAGGAACUGGAUUUCUUGUUGUACUUUAUUAAAAUCUACGUACAGUAGCUAGCUGUCACCUUUCAGUUGGAAGUAUUUUUUUUAAAGGACCAAUGCAGCAGUAUUUAUCUCUAUUUCUGGGUAACCUUGCUGUAAUAGUAUCCAUUAAAACAGACAAAAAAUAGCUUUUUAGCGAAAAACUAUUUCUCAAGCAAGACUUUUGCUAGGACUGUCUGGGAGUGGUCAGAGUGGGAGGGGGAAUCUUAAAACUAGCUGUUAUUGGCAGAGGUUCGGAACCCCUUUUUUUUUUUCUUCCUAUUAACCAAUUUACCACCUGGUGAUGUCACCAGGCAAGCUGAAACUCCCUCCCAUGUAAACAGGCUGAAUAUAAGGUCCUGUGUAGAUUGUAUUUUCAACCAGCAACUAUCAGGAAAUAACACUUAUCAAAAUGUCACACUUUUACAGCGUUAGUUUCAUCGGCUGUUGUACAAUAUGAUACAAAACACAGUAAAAUCUGAAUUUCUGACUGCGCUGGGCCUUUUUAAAGGUGUUGGCCCUGACGAGGCCUUUGUCAGUACCCUCGCUCUGAAUCAUGCAGUGUUGUAGCUAGAAGCCUAUUUGCAUUCUGGAAAAGUUGUACCAAACCUCCAUUGGCAGUGGCACGGCACAGAAUGUACCACAGAGGGGUAAUUUAACGCUCAUUGAACACUUGAAAGAGCUCUGUAUAAAAUCCACCAUAGAAACCGGUGGUUACAGAAUGAAUGUCACAUCAAGAUUCGGACUGCAUGUGACUGGUGAUCAGAUGAUGCCAUUGAGUUUUGCGUUUUCCCUCUACUUUCAGCUAUGCCACCAGACAUAAUACCUUUUUUAUCUUGUCACUACAAGAUAAUCAAGCAAACCAAAACUGGUGUGUUCCACAUUGUUGUACGUACGGAUGUUCCACGAGACCAGCAGUUACUCAACAACAUUUAGAUGUAUUUGAAUUCAUUGUCUAUGCAUGACAAUAUCUAAAGUAAACCAAACUCUUGAGUGUUCCACACAAAUGUCUCAUUGUUAGGACCAGGUGCUUUCCUGACCAUGUGACCAGACAAGAUAAAUCUAUGCCCCAGUUAGCUAUACUUCUGUGUAUGUUGCGUGAGAGCAGCCCCAGUAACUUGACUGUUGAUCUCUCGUGAGUGUUGCAGUGCUCUCUGCACUGGUGCUCUCUGAAUACGUUUCUCCAUUCUAGCCACGACCAGAGGAAGUGGUAGUCUGGUUUGCGGUGGACGUGACAGCGCUGGUUGCUGAUCUUUUGAUAAGAGUUGUCAUCUCUGCUAGGGCCACGGUCAGGCCAUACCCCCAUAAAGUACAGUGGCUGGUGACUGGCUGGCCAUUGGUCAACAUGCAGCGGGUACUCUUGGACGCAGUCCCAAACUAGUAUCACCACAGCUCUUAUAGGAAAGGGUGAUUUUAACAUAAGGUGGUAGACGCACUCAACUGAUCAGAAGAUUUUGUCAAAACAUGUUUUAUGUGGACUGAGAACUAGGUGCGACGUUCCCCAGUAUAGUACCUCUGUUUAUGAAACUAGGUGUUUGGGGUGGUGGUGUUGUUGACUUCCCAGCUUUAGUAACUUCAUUUUAGAUUCAUCGUAACAGAAUAGCCUGGUGUUCAAAUUGCAUGCUUCUAUUUCCAUUUACAAGCUCUAUUGAGUAACAUAGCUACUUAUUUAUGUUUGAUAAAUGUAAUCUCUCCCACCCACCCCAGAAAUGAAUGGCUGAGCUCAAUAGAUUUUCUUUGUAUUUGAGAGACACACACACACACACACACACACACCAAACAAUGUCUCCACUCUCAGUAGAUCUUUAACAUCUCAUCUCUCUCCUCUAGGUACUACAAGCUGUCUGUGGUCCUGCUGUGUUUCCUGGUGCCCAUGUGGGUGCCCUGGUACCUGUGGGGUGAGUCCCUGUGGGUGGGCUACUUCAUCCCGGGCCUCAUGAGGUACGCCCUGGUGCUGAAUGCUACCUGGCUGGUCAACUCUGCCGCUCACAUGUGGGGCAACCGACCCUACGACCGCAACAUCAACCCCAGUGAGAACCGUUUCGUGGCCUUCAGCGCCAUCGGUAAGGACUGGAUCAUCUUUCUCUUUAAGGGGGGGGUGGAGAGCCACUCUCCAGAGUUGGGGUCAAUGUAUUUUUUCACUUGUAGUAAGCCCCCCCCCCCCCCCCCCAUUUUACGUGAACUAUCACAGUGGGCAGUGGCUUAUACUUCACAACCAACCCCAGGCACUAUAAAGGAUUCUUAAUACUGGAAGUUAGGCGGGGACCAUAGAGAUGUAUGUAUAAUAAAAUAAAUUCAUCCAGGUUUCACAAUUGGCAAAUCUGAAAUGGCAACCUAUUCCCUAUAUAAUGCACUACUUUUGGCCAGAACCUUGCACUCUAUAGGGAGUAUAUAGACACAGCCAAUGUGUCAUUUUAAAUCAUUUUGGUGACCCCACUGCAGUUCACCCCCGACUUUCAAUACCACUGUUCUACUGUAACCUCUCGUCCAUAUGAGCUGCCUGUUUGUCAGCUGUGAAAAUCACGCUUUAGUUGAAUAGCUUAAAACAAGUGGGAAUUGUAAUUGACUAUCAACCAAGAUGACACUAAUAUAGCUCAGAUACUUACAACUCUGGAUUUAGAGGGCUGCUGUAGGUUGGUGCAGGUUUUUGAGUCAUCUAAUUCUGGUUCUUCAAGUUGGAGACUAUAAUUAACUUAGCUGAAUCAUGUGUUUGAGUGCUAGGCUGGAAUGAAAGCUUGCACACAGCCGCCCACCAAGGCUGAAGUUACCCAUCCCUGUUGUGGAACUUCUGACUCCAAGUGCUUUAGUUUACAUAUCACCUGUACUGUUAUCAAAUUAUGUUUUCAAGCCUAUUGGGGGGGGGGAAGUAACUCUCAUAGAUUCAUAACUGUAGCAUUAGCAGGUGCAUGGAGUAAAACCAAAAAAUUAAUCCUGUCUUGGCUGUCCCCACAUCAGCUGUUGGUCUAUGGUUUUAACCUGAUUUCCCUGUCCCCUUGUGUCCUUCCUUCCAGGCGAGGGCUUCCACAACUACCACCACACCUUCCCCUUCGACUACGCCACCAGUGAGUUCGGCAUUAAAAUGAACAUCACCACCGCCUUCAUAGACCUCAUGUGCUUCCUGGGUCUGGCCAAGGACUGCAAGAGGGUGUCCCGCGAUCUUGUCUCAGCCCGCGCCCAGCGAACAGGUGACGGCAGCCACAAGACUGGCUGAGUAAUGUUGUCUCAACCGCCUCCAACUGUUACGGACUCGAUAAGACCGAUACCAGAUAUGAUGAAACAGGCAAAACCAACGAAAGAUGGAAAGAAUGUAUCUGUAGUAAAUUGCAGCGAUGAUGGAGUUAGUAGUGCUGCACGUAGUAGUGAUCAGAUCAUGGUUCAUUGAUGUCUCAUUUCUGUAUUAUGAGUUAACCUAUUCCUGAGUUCCUCAGACUAAUAUUGGCUUUAAAACGGUCCUAGACCUUUCAGUAAAUUGUGUAUUUUUUUAUUUGAUGUUUUUGAAAUGAAUGCUGUGUGAGGUUACUAGCCAAAGCGAGCUUAUUUAGUGGAAAGACUGGGCAUUUUGGCACGGACACUCGAAGAGUCUUGAUUAGAGAGUCAUGUUAUCUGUGGAAUAACCUGAAUAUGUGUGUGUGGCGGAGAUAGACGGGUGUAAUGUGUGACACCAUUACACCAACCAAACUACCCGCCUGUGCCAUCUGUGCACCAACAAUGAAGAUGGGAGAACAUUAACCUCUAAUUUAUUCAUGUGCUAUUAUUAAUUAACCCUCUGUGGCACUUUUGAAAUUGUUAAGGCGAAGCAGGCAAGUUUUGUUUUGAUCAUGUCGUUUGGUUCAAUUCGGACAAAAAUGAAUCUCUUCGAUAUGUCAGGAUCUGUCAAUCAGUCGCGCUUUGCUGACAUUCAUUUCAUAAGAGUCUAAAUCCUGGGAGAAGUCCAGCUUUUGUCAAGUUCAAGAUAAAAUUCACGUUAUUUACAUUUUAUUUGUUUUUAUUUUACCAAGCCACCCAACUUCAGUCUCAUUUGACCAUAAGCUGCUGUUGAAACAGCCCUACCUACUUCAUAGUCAACGUACUGUUUAGCUUUCAUUAAAUACCAGACCAUAUUCCAUAUAGGCUGGCGUAGAAGUUCAGUUCUGCCGUGGCAUUACCCAUGAAAGCACCAGUGGUCUCCUCCUGUCCAAGUUGCUCUUAACAGGAGUCUUUCCUCCUUGUAGAAGAGGAUGAAGGAAGUUCUCCAAGUCUCAAAUGGCACCCUAUUCCCUAUAUAGUACACAACUUUUGACCUGGGCUCUGAUCAAAGGUAGUGCACUAUAUAGGGAAUAGGGUGCCAUUUGGGA